ACCCUACUCAGCCCCGCCUCUGCCAGGGCGGAUGUUGCUGCUGGCCCGACCGUCUCCCCCCUCCACCCGAUGGUGUCGGCUGCGAGGUUCCCGCGAGAUUUCGUGUGCUCGAAGUCCCAGGGUGUGCGGGUUGAGUGAGGUGGGCUGCCUUCGCCGACUGGAACGAGAUGCAGUCGGAUGACCUUGUCUGGGACACUCUUGGCAACAAACAGUUCUGCUCUUUCAAGAUCAAGACAAAAACACAGAACUUCUGCCGGAAUGAGUUUAACAUAACUGGCCUGUGCAACCGUUCCUCCUGUCCCUUGGCCAACAGCCAAUAUGCUACUAUCAAGGAAGAGAAAGGGCAGUGUUUCCUUUACAUGAAGACCAUUGAGCGUGCUGCUUUCCCCAGUCGGUUAUGGGAAAGGGUCCGUCUGAGCAAGAAUUACGAGAAAGCGCUGGAGGAGAUCGAUGAGAACCUCAUCUACUGGCCCCGCUUCAUCCGGCACAAAUGCAAGCAGCGCUUCACCAAGAUCACACAGUACCUGAUCAGAAUCCGCAAGCUGACGCUCAAGAGACAGAGGAAGCUUGUCCCCUUAAGUAAGAAAGUUGAACGGCGAGAGAAAAGACGAGAGGAAAAAGCCCUGAUUGCUGCUCAGCUGGACAAUGCCAUUGAAAAAGAAUUGCUGGAGAGACUCAAGAAGGAGACGUAUGGUGAUAUAUACAACUUCCCCAUCCACGCCUUUGAUAAAGCUCUGCAACAGCAGGAGGCCGAGAGUGAGUCCGACUCUGAUACAGAGAAAAAUGAGGAGGAGAAGGACUCAAACAAGAGGGAGUUUGUGGAGGUGGAUGAGAGUGAUCUCAGUGACUUCGAGGAUAUGGAUAAACUGGAAACAAGCAGCGAAGAGGAAGAAGAGGCCACAUCCAGUGAAGAGGAGGAGGAAGAGAGAAGUGGUCAGCCCAAGUCAAAGGGCAAAGCACCACUGAAGGGGCCAGUCAGGAGGAAACGACCCUAUAUUGAAAUAGAAUAUGAGCAGGAAACAGAGCUGCUGCCUAAAUCAAAAGCGACGUGACGACUCUUAAAGGGAGGAAGCCAAAUCUGAGAACUGUAUUGGGUGAAGAGAUGCCUGCGUCUCCUCAUCUCUAGAACUUUUACAACCCAGGAGGCUGCCACAGACCUUCCACCUGACUGAAAACUGGGGUGGUGAAGCUAAGGGGUGCAUGGCAGGAGGAACUAAAAAUUCAGAUUCUGAAAUGUUAUUUUUAUACUUGUUUGCUUUGGAUGUCCCUCAGUGUCUAAAUAAAACCACAGCAGCCUUUGUACAUGAUCUUAAAA